GUGAAUGAAGCGAGGCGGGGCGUAUUUAUCAUGUCACAUCUGUAACCACGCCCUCCCUCAGUGACGUCAGAGGUUUGGUUUGUACUUGCGACGUGCAGAACGCAGAGCAACACAGCCACGCGCUUGUAGAGGAGAGCGCAGCGGGAUGGAGCGCGCGCGCUGCACGGUGUCGAUCCCGACCCCUGUGGUUUAUUUAACGGGAAUAUCUUACCGUGAUGAACGGACGCGGUUGUUCGUUCGUAUAUGUUGAUGCUGACGCGUUGUGCGUGAAAGUUGACCGGUGGAAGCACCGGAUUUAAAGGGUCGGUGACAUGGAGAAGUGCCCGACAGUUCUGGAUCCCGACGGGGAUAAGCAGUACUGCGAGCUGUGUGGGAAGAUGGAAAACCUGCUAAAAUGCGGUAGGUGCAGGAUCUCAUUUUACUGCAGCAAAGAGCAUCAAAAGGAGCACUGGAAAAAGCACAAACUCACCUGCAGAGAGGCUGACAAACACAACACUGUGCCCCAAACCCAACAACAGCACCCCAAAACUGCCCAUCCAGAGAAAAACAACCUGAUCUGCAGCUCAGAAGCUGAUCUGAAAGCCAAACCCCACACACAGAAGCUGGCCACCGAUUAUAUAAUCCCAUGUAUGAACAAGCAUGGCAUCUGUGUGGUGGACAACUUUCUGGGGGAAGACAUGGGACUGUCCAUUUUGGAGGAUGUGAAGGCUCUUCAUCAGACGGGUAAAUUCACUGACGGUCAGCUGGUCAGUCAGAAAAGUGACUCUUCGAAGGACAUACGGGGGGAUAAAAUCACCUGGAUUGAGGGGAAGGAGCCUGGAUGCGAGAAAAUCUGCUUCUUGAUGAGCCGCAUGGAUGACCUGGUCAGGAAUUGCAAUGGGAAACUGGGAAACUACAUAAUUAAUGGAAGGACUAAAGCGAUGGUGGCGUGUUAUCCGGGUAAAGGCACGGGUUAUGUGCGCCAUGUGGACAACCCGAAUGGCGAUGGGAGAUGCGUCACGUGCAUUUAUUAUCUUAAUAAGAAUUGGGAUGCCAAGGAGCACGGGGGAAUGCUGCGGAUAUUCCCCGAGGGUAAAGCUCAGUUUGCGGACAUCGAACCCAAAUUUGACCGUUUGCUUUUAUUCUGGUCUGACAGACGAAACCCUCAUGAGGUCCAGCCUGCGUAUUCGACAAGAUAUGCCAUUACCGUGUGGUAUUUUGAUGCUGAUGAGCGGGCCAGAGCGAAAGAAAAGUAUCUUACAGGUGCUGGUGAAAAAGGCGUGAAGGUGGAGCUAAACAAGCCGUCGGAACCAAGCUAAUUAAGCUCUCAUCGAUCCAGACUGUUCCUGAUUAUCUGCUGCCGUGUGGAUAUAAAAAGACGAGAGUCGAAAAAAAGCAGCAAGACCAAGCAAGAGGAGGGGAUGAAGACUGAAUGAUCAGAGGUUUGAAAAGCUGCUGAAUUCCUUCCUCACAGAAGCAGCUGACUUUGAACAUGGUUAAGGUUUAGCUUUUAAAGGUGCAGUACUCUGUGUGACAUCACAUUAAAGGGUCACGAAACACCAAAACACAUGUGUUGAGCUGUUGACAGUCGUAUAUGUGUCCCACACUGCUAAAAACACUA